CAGCAUAGUGCGUGUCCGGCCUUGCAAACAUUCUGCCAUUUACAGUACCGUGCUAGCAAUAUUGGAGCUAGUAAAUCAAGUCCUAGAGCGUAGUCCCCGACUCGGUUAUCUUCCCCGGUCUGCCAAACGGCGAUCACUCGUUCAGGAAGUUUUCCUUAGCCGCCGUUUGAUCGCAGGCGUUUCGCCAUGAGCAGCAUCGGAACAGGGUACGACUUGUCGGUCACAACCUACUCGCCUGAUGGCCGAAUCUUCCAGAUCGAGUAUGCGGCAAAGGCGGUCGACAAUAGCGGGACUGCUGUGGGUCUGAGAUGCAAGGAUGGGGUUGUGCUGGGCGUGGAGAAGCUGCUUGUAUCGAAGAUGCAGGUGCAGGGCAGCAACAGGCGCAUCCACAUCGUGGACAAGCAUGCGGGCAUCGCUGUGGCUGGGCUCGUGGCGGACGGCCGUCAGGUGGUCAACCGGGCGCGCAACGAGGCAGUCAACUACAAGAGUUUCUUCGCACACAUGAUCCCCCUCAAGGUGCUGGCAGAUCGCAUGGCCAACUACGCACACUUCUUUACCCUCUACUGGUGGACCCGCCCCCUCGGGUCCUCCGUGCUGCUCGCUGGCUAUGACAGGGAUGGGCCGCAGCUCUACUGCAUUGAGCCCUCAGGUGUCACUUAUAGGUAUCACGGCACAGCAGUGGGCAAGGGAAGGCAAGCAGCAAAGACGGAGAUCGAGAAGCUAAAGCUAGCGGAGAUGACAUGCCGGGAGGGGGUGAAUGCCGUUGCUAAGAUCAUCGUUGGAGUGCACGAUGAGGCCAAGGACAAGGCGUUUGAGCUCGAGAUGGGGUGGUGCUGCGACGACUCCAACCAACAAUUCCAGAGAGUGCCUGAUGACAUUGUAAAGGCAGCAAGGGAAGCAGCCGAGGCUGCUAUGGAUGAAGACAUGGACGACUGAUGCUACAAUACCAUGGGGGGGUUGCAAUUUAUGGCCAUGAGAUGCUCUUUCGUUGUACAGAUUGUGCUAAUUAGCAACCGGUACUAGUAGUACUCUCGAGGCUGACAAUAUCAGGGA